AUCGAACCUGUAGAGCGUAAGUAUACGUAUACGUAGAAAUGAUAGGAGAUAAAUGAACAGAAAGUAGACAAGAGAUGAAUAUUUUUUGUACAUCGCGACGACUCGGAUGGAAGAAAGAAGUGUAAAAGGCGUCAACGGAAAGGAAGACGAGAUGGGGAGGGGAAGGGGAAGAUAAUAUGAGAGAAAGAGAAACCGACCAACCAGCCGACCAAGGAGACAUACCGAAACGCACUCGCAGCAGAGAAUACUCUAUCCACACACAGACGCACACACAAGGACACACACACUCACAAGCCACCAAGUCUUCGCUGGGAAAGGAGUCCAGUGUCGAAAGACGAACGCAACGUCCAACGUCCCAUAGUCCAUACACUCAAUCGCACAAUCAAAUCCGUACGGAGAUUUGAACGUCGCGUACAAUAAGAUACGGAUGUGUAAAAAGGGAGAAAUAGAUCAUAAUAUCGAAAAGUAAGACACAAAUCGGGAGCUUCUGGCAUUAAUUAUAAUUCUGUACGCAACAUUCAAAAAACGGACGGAUUGUACGGUCGGUCGUAGUCGUAGGGGCAUGAGAGAGCGGCGCGACAUGUAAGGGUGGAUGGAGUGGGAGCGGUAGGAGGGGUGUAGGAACGAGGGGACACCGGGUAUCUAGAUGGAGAUGAAUCGACGAGGCGAAGGGACGCGGGAGUGGUGUGUGUGGAUGUGUGCGAAGAGACGUGUGCGUGAGGAGAUGGAGAAAAGAGUACAUGAACUUAUGCUGCUGCUGCGAGUGCGAUACAAACUGAGGUUGGUGUGGGAAAAACGAACAACGAACAAGGCCCCCUUUCUAUUCCCUUCUAUGCCCAUCGAACCGUCGUCACUUCAUCCAAACACGCCGACAACCAAAACCCUUCAACCAAAGAGAACCAACCAAGGGGCGCUGGCUCUCAUGCGACGCGGUAAAUAG